AUGAGCACCAACGACAUGCUCGGUGUACCGGCGCUCUCAGGAACUUCGCAGCGGCUUAGUAAUGGGGAUGCUCAGCCUCCUUUGGCUGAGGCACCACUCACGGUUGGUGAACAGCGGGAGGCGGCUGUUACCCCACGCACGCCCUCGGUAGACCAGCAAGCAUCGCCCAAUUGCCCACACGCAUCCUCUGGGCUGGUGGAUGCACAAGACACCCGAGGGGUAGAUGGGCGUGGGCAGGAACCAAGUGAUCUGGGGAUGGACAGGGCAGUGGCGGCGUGGGAGGCGCAACGCCGGCACUUGCAGGAGCUGCAUAAUAGGCGGCGGCGCGAGCUUCCACUUGGUGCCACGGCAACAGAGUCGCCCGGCACUCUUGGAGCUUCAGUGGGUCCUAGCAGGGCUCCACUUGGACCGCGCUUGGCACGACGGCAGGAGCUGAGGCGUUUGUUGGUAGCUGGCACGGGCGGUCGGCAAGAGUGGGCGACGGCAGAGCAGGCGGAGUCGACAGCGGGGAGGCAGGAGGUGCAGGGGGCCCUGCUGGCGGAUGAGGGCCGGGAGUGCGGGGCAGGUGGGCAGCAGGGGGUGACGGAUGCAGGCCUGCCGGAAAAGGUGCUGAGGAGGCAGCCGAGCCGUCUAGCGGAGGGCCAGCUGGGCCUGCCGACAAAGGUCCAGGGGGAGUUACUCGAGGAGGAGCAUUGGGAGCGUGGGGAACAGGGACGGAAACCAGGGAGGGAGCAACCGGAAACGCUGUCGGCGAUGCAGCAGGGUCUGCCGGUGGCUGCAGGGGAGACUAGAGACAUCAAUCCCUUCCCGAAGGCACGAACGGGGGCGUCUCUAAAGGGAUGGGCUGGAGCUGUGGAACAUACUUUUCUCUUUCGGAGCGCGCAAGGACAAGGUGUGCAGCCCGCGAGCACGGGGCAAGAGGGCGUGCGCCGUCGUGGUCGAGGGGAAACGGAUCAGAGAGGGCAGCAGCUGCGUGAGCUGGGCGCUCAGGCGCAGGGGCCCGUGGACGAUCAACUGCCACGAGGCAAGGGCAGGAGGCGACGCGGAGGCCAGGGCAAGCAGCGGUCGGGCAAUCAGCAGGAUCAGCAGGCAGAGGGCGAGUUGGGGCGGCCGCUUACGAGCCAACGUCCGGGAGGCCAGCUGGUGCGACGGCGGCCACUGUCAGGGGAACAGGGAGUGACUGCAGCACCUGAGGGCGUGCAGCAGGCAGGGGGACAGCAGGGAGUGACUGCAGCACCCCAGGGCGUGCAGCAGGCAGGGGGACGACAGGGAGUGACUGCAGCACCUGAGGGCGUGCAGCAGGCAGGGGGACAGCAGGAAGUGAUUGCAGCACCUCAAGGCGUGCAGCAGGCAGCGGGACAGUAG